UCUUAUUACUCACCAUCUCUGGCUGCAAAUGAUGUGGCUGCGGGGACACGUCCUGCAACCCUACUGCCAGAUCCUCCGUUAGACCAUAAAACUUGUCAGAAGUUCCAUUCCACAAUGUUACGCGUUAUUGUGGAGUCUGCUAAAGGGCUUCCAAAAAAGAAACUUGGAAAUCCGGACCCCAUAACUACAAUUGUUUUUAGAGAUGAGAAGAAAAAGACCAAAUCUAUCAACAGUGAAGUAAAUCCAGUCUGGAAUGAAGCUCUUGAAUUUGACUUGAAAGGUUCAGCACUAGAUUCAUCAUCCUUUGUAGAUGUGAUUGUGAAAGACUACGAGACAAUUGGGAAAGACAGGUCGAUUGGCUCAGCCAAAAUCGCACUGAAAGAUCUGGCAACUGGUCAAGCCAAGUCUCUCCCAUCAAGAAAUGUGGUACUUGUCAAUGAAAAAAAUCAGGAUAUUGGGGGUACCAUCAAUUUAGUAAUCGGGUACGAGCCACCAGCUAACGCCCCCCCUAAUCCGAAUGAGAUGCAAGUCGGUGGCGAUGUCGCUGCAGGUGGUGGAGAUGGAGGCGAUGGGGGAGAUGAGAGCAAUACAGAUGGGGUACAGGUGACGUCUCCCGGGGGAGACCCCUCUCCUGGCCAGCCUGGGAUAUCACCCCAGAAGAUCAUGACUAGGGCCAGGAAUAGACAUCGACCUUUGUCCAACAAACCUCAGGACUUUCAGAUUCGUGCCCGAAUUAUUGAGUGUCGUCAAUUGCCUGGAAACAACGUAAAACCAGUUGUUAAGGUGUAUGUCUGUGGACAGACACACAGAACAAGAAUCAAAAAAGGAAAUAAUCCUUUUUAUGAUGAGAUUUUCUUUUACAAUGUCAACAUGCUUCCCUCAGAACUGUUUGAUGAGCAUAUCAGCAUUCGGGUGUAUGACUCUUCCUCAUUGAGGGCUGACAGUCUCAUUGGUGAAUUUAAGAUUGAUGUCGGCUACAUCUACGACGAACCAGCUCAUGCCAUCAUGAGGAAGUGGCUGCUCCUGAACGACCCGGAUGAUGCCAGCCAGAGUGCCAGGGGGUACCUCAAAGUCAGCAUGUUCAUCGUGGGAACGGGAGAUGAGCCACCGGUAGAGAACAGAGAGAAAACUGAAGACCAGGAUGACAUUGAGAGUAACCUCCUUUUGCCUGCCGGAGUAACGCUGCGUUGGAUCACGUUGACCCUGAAAGUCUUUCGAGCUGAGGACAUUCCCCAGAUGGAUGAUGCUUUUACACAGACUGUCAAGGAAGUUUUUGGAGGACACGGUGACAGGAAAAAUCUUGUGGAUCCUUUUGUGGAGGUCAACUUUGCAGGAAAAAAGCUCCGUACAAAAGUAAUUGAGAAGAAUGCAAACCCAGAAUGGAACCAGUUACUAAAUCUUCAGGUCAAGUUCCCAUCCGUGUGUGAACGCAUGAAGCUGGUUGUGUUUGAUUGGGAUCGACUGACGAAGAAUGAUGUGGUAGGAACCACUUACCUAGACCUUAGCAAAAUAGCGUCCUCUGGUGGUGAAAUUGAAGACAUAAAGUCGGGAAGCGAGGCCUCUCCAGCAUUGGAAGGGAAAACUGGAGAGUCAGAAGUAGGAUUUCUGCCAGCCUUUGGGCCUUGUUACAUCAACCUCUACGGCAGCCCCAGGGAAUUCACUGGGUUUCCAGAUCCGUAUGACGACCUCAAUUAUGGGAAGGGUGAGGGGGUAGCCUAUAGAGGUCGGAUUUUGGUUGAGCUCAUAACACAACUGGACGGGAAGAUUGACAAGCCUUUGGAUGACAUCCAGAGCGAUGACAUAUUGGUGGCACAGAAAUACCAGCGACGGAGGAAGUACUGCUUAUGCGCAGUGUUUCACAGUGCCACCAUGCUCCAGGAACCUGGGGAGCCCAUCCAGUUCGAAGUCAGCAUCGGUAACUACGGCAACAAGCUGGACUCAACUUGCAAGCCCUUGGCGUCUACCACCCAGUACAGCUGUGCCGUGUUUGACGGUAACAACUAUUACUAUCUGCCCUGGGGUGGCACAAAGCCUGUAGUGGCGAUUACAUCGUUUUGGGAGGACAUAAGUCACCGAUUGGAUUCGGUGAACAUUCUUCUGUACAUCUGUGAGAGACUGCAAUCUAACAUCACUUCGCUGAGGACGGCCAUUCAAGCGAAAGCGCCAGACACUCGUCUCGCCGAGAUCUGGCUCAAACUUGUCAAUCAGGUCAUUGAGGACCUCACGAGCUUCAAGACGCCCGACCUGGAAGGGAUGCCGAACCUGACAGCUCUGGAUUUCCAGAUCAAGAAUCUGCGUGACAAAACAGUCUUGGCUGUUCGGGAGGCGGCCAGGACCAUGCUGGAAGAGGCCACGGACGUCAAGGAAGCCCUGUCGGACAUCGAAGGCUGGCUGGAGAGGCUGCAGCAGCUGGCUGAGGAGCCUCAGAACAGCAUGCCGGAUGUGAUCAUUUGGAUGCUCCGGGGGGAGAAGAGAGUAGCCUAUGCGAAAAUCCCUGCCCACCUGGUGCUGUAUUCCACCUACAGUGAGCAAGCGUGUGGGAAGUACUGCGGCCGCACCCAGACCAUCCUGAUGCAGUAUCCCAUGGACAAACACAAGGGAUUGAAAGUACCAGUGCAGAUCUGCGUCAAUAUGUGGCUGGGUCUUGGAGCGUAUGAAAAGAAGUUCAACAGUUUUGCGGAAGGCACAUUCAGUGUCUUCGCCGAACUGUACGAAAACCAGGCACAGGUCUUCGGGAAGUGGGGUACCACAGGGCUGGUGGGCCGCCAGAAGUUCUCGGACGUGACCGGCAAGCUUAAGCUGAAACGGGAGUACUUUAUGCCCCCUGUUGGCUGGGAGUGGGAAGGCGACUGGAUCGUGGAUCCAGAGAAGGGGCUGCUGGCGGAGGCUGACGCGGGACACACGGAGUUCACCGACGAGGUCUACCAGAACGAGACGCGCUUCCCCGGAAUGGAGUGGAAGGCGGCUGCAGAGCCUUACACAGAUGUGAACGGGGAGAAGGCCCCAAGUCCUUCGGAGUUUGAGUGUUCCCCUGGCUGGGAGUGGGAGGAUGACUGGACCUAUGACAUCAACCGGGCUGUGGACGAGAAAGGGUGGGAGUACGGCGUCCCCAUUCCUCCAGAUGACAAGCCCAAAUCCUGGGUGCCGGCGGAAAAGAUGUAUCUCGUUCACCGGCGGAAGAGGCUGAUCAGGCGUCGUAAGAAGGUUAAGGAUGUGCGCGCAACAGCUGAUCAGAAAAAGGACCAAGGGGAUCCUGAAGGCUGGGAAUAUUCCUCCUUGAUCGGCUGGAAGUUCCACAGUAAAGCGCGCCCCUCAGACACAUUCCGACGCAGGCGUUGGAGGAGGCGGAUGGCUCCUGCAGACCGCAUGGGAUCGGCUGCCAUCUUCAAACUAGAGGGGGCGCUGGGGAUUGAUGAAGAGGCCAAAGAAGCCAAAACGGAUGCAUCAACCAUGUUUGGAGCCAACACUCCCACUGUUUCCUGCAUUUUUGGGAAGCCUUACAUAUACCAUCUCAGGGUCUAUGUUUAUCAGGCUCGAAACCUCAUGGCCAUGGACAAAGACAGCUUCUCUGAUCCUUAUUGCCACGUGUCCUUCCUACACAAGAGCAAGACUACAGAGAUCAUCAAAGCCACCUUGAACCCAACGUGGGACCAGACUCUGAUCUUCGAUAACAUCGAGAUCUAUGGAGAACCUCGAACGAUUGCUCAAAACCCACCCAGCAUUGUUCUUGAAUUCUUCGACAGUGACCAAGUGGGUAAAGAUGAGCCUCUUGGUCGGAGCGCGUGCCAGCCCAUGGUGAAGCUGAAUCCGGAGAUGGAGGUGUCUCCCAGGCUCCUGUGGUACCCCAUCACCCAGAAGGGCAAGAAUGCUGGGGAGGUGCUGCUGGCUGCAGAGCUCAUCCUGAAAGACAAGGGAAAGGAGACAGACAUGCCCAUCUAUCCACCAAAACGAGGUGACAAGCUGUUCAUGGUACCACAGGGGAUUCGCCCUGUAGUGCAGCUCACCGCCAUCGAGAUUCUGACCUGGGGUUUGCGCAACAUGAAAAGCUUUCAGAUGGCCACCAUCACCUCUCCCAGCCUUGUGAUAGAGUGUGGAGGGGAAAUUGUUCAGUCGGCGGUCAUCAGGAACUUGAAAAGGAGUCCAAACUUCCCAGGAUCAGUGCUCUUCUUGAAAGUGCUCCUACCCAAAGAGGAAAUGUACAUGCCUCCCAUCAUGCUGAAAGUGAUUGACCACAGGCCUUUCGGAAGGAAACCCAUCGUGGGACAGUGCACCAUUGAUGACUUGGAGGAAUUCCGUUGCGACCCCUACACAACCAAAGCAGAAGUGGCCAUGUCCUCUAAAGUGGCUCUGAUGGCAGCUGCCCCUCGCUACACAGUCAUCGAUAUGGAGGACAGGAGGCCACUUCUUCAAACUCAGAUGGAUGUUGGGCUUAAAGGUGUUAAAAUUCAACAAGAAAAGGAGAAAGAUUCAAUAGACUGGUGGAGUAAGUUCUAUGCUUCUGUUGGAGACCAUGAGAAGUGUGCCCCUUAUCUCAAGAAAGGCUAUGAUUCCCUCAAGAUCUAUGAGUGCGAACUUGAAAAUGUGCCUGAGUUCAAAGCCCUGACUGACUUCUGUAACACCUUCAAACUCCAUCGGGGUAAAUUUGAUGAAGACGAAGAAGAUGUUGCAGUGGUUGGAGAAUUCAAGGGUUCAUUCAGAAUCUACCCGCUACCGGAUGAUCCCGCCAUUCCGCCACCCCCCCGACAGUUCAGGGAGUUGCCCGACAGCGGACCUCAGGAGUGCCUGGUCAGGAUUUACGUCGUCCGAGGAAUCGACCUGCAGCCCAAGGACAACAAUGGCCUGUGUGAUCCUUACAUUAAAAUCUCCCUGGGAAGGAAGGUCAUUGAAGACCGGGAGCACUACCGGCCAAACACUCUUAACCCUGUGUUUGGAAGGAUGUUUGAACUUUCCUGCUUCCUCCCUCAAGACAAGGACCUGAAAAUUUCCAUCUAUGAUUAUGAUCUGCUGAGCCGUGAUGAAAAAGUUGGGGAGACAAUGAUUGAUCUGGAGAACAGAUUACUCUCCCGAUUCGGUUCAUAUUGUGGAUUGCCACAGACAUAUUGUGUGUAA